GUUUCGAGAAAACAGUUUAUUCAGGUUUACGACUUCCACUUUAGAUCCUUGUCAUGGCUUCAUUGACUCAUAGAAUAUUUGCAUCCCUCAAAGCAGGAGGAAGCCCGACCCCGAUGGUGUCAGAGACGCACAAUGCCGGCGCCGGUGUUUCAGCGACACCCUCCGCAUCCUCCGCCUCACCCACCACUGCGUGGAAUGAGCGUUUUUAUCACGUCGCCGUGCAAGGCUGCUGCCAUGGCGAACUCGACCGCAUCUACGACGCCUGCACAGUGCAUGAGCGGCAAUCAGGCAAACGCAUCGAUGUGCUCAUCUGCUGUGGCGAUUUCCAGGCAGUACGCACGGCGGGGGACAUGGACAGUAUGGCCGUGCCUGACAAGUUCAAAGUGAUGGGCGAUUUCCACAAAUACUGGAGCGCGGUAACGGCGCCGUAUUUGACCAUUUUCGUCGGCGGUAAUCACGAGAACUCGGACUUGCUGGCUCAGGAAAGCUACGGCGGCUUCGUGGCGCCGAACAUCUAUUACCUCGGCCACUCCGGCCUGGUGACGGUGGACAACUGCUUGCGUGUGGCGGGACUGAGUGGCAUUUUCAAGGAGCAGGACUACGAUCUCCCUUACCCACCCCGCCCAUACGCCGCGAACUAUGGGUGGAAGAAAGGCGCCUAUCAUGUGCGACGCAUCGAGGUGGCGAAAUUGCACACCUAUCUGCGUGCCGCGCAAAUUCUGCGGCAAUCAAAAAAGGAAAGCAGCGAAUCCUCUGAUUUGCCCUUGGUGGACAUCUUUGUAUCGCAUGAUUGGCCGGUUGGCAUCACCGCAUACGGCGACGAGGCCCAGCUACUGCGCUUCAAGCCUUACUUUCGCGACGACAUUCGCCGUCACGCCCUCGGCAACCCGCACACGAUGAACCUGCUCCGAGAGGCGAAGCCGGUGUACUGGGUCGCGGCGCACCUCCACUGCUUCUUCGAGGCAACCGUCUCGCACACCUUCGCACGCUCUUCUGACGAUGCGAAGGGAGGUGCGGAGGCCUCGCCUGCACCCACAAGGUUUGUUGCCCUCGAUAAGUGCGCAAAGGGGUCCGGUUUCUUGACUUUUCUGGAUCUGCCACGCCGUCCGCGCUGCUCGACAGCGACUUCGAGUGCAGCGGUGGCCGGUACCGCCACAAAGAGCGACCUUCACGACGUUGAUGGCGCAGCACGCAUCCAACGCGACCCGCUCUGGGUGGAAGUGCUUCUCGCCUCACACCCCUACGUCGCAGCGAACCAGACAACAAAGACAAGCAGCAGCACGCAAGGAGCUUCGUCUUUGCCGGCUGUAAGACAACGCUGCUUCGACGUCAAUGACACGGUCCGCGAGAUCGUGGCGCGCCACUCAUCGGGCUCGCCUGCAAACGAGCCGCUGCCUGCGGCGGCUCUGGCAUCGUCCUCCACAGCAGCACUGCUGAAGGAGCUCGAGCUAUCGCCUACUUUGCCACUGCAGCAGCAAGACGUAGCCUUGAGCAGCAGCUCCGCCACUGCAUCUAUGCGCUACGGUCAGGGCCGACAGAGUGCAGCCCAGUGGGCAGUUUCGCGAGCCGAUGACAUCAGCUCUCGCGACUUGCACCGGCAUCAUCCGCGACAACGCACUGAAGUGUCGACCGCGCCGCCAGUGGUGGAGGCCGCGCCGGCUACCGCAGCUGCCCCGUUAAGCUUCUUCGAAGACGUCGGCACCGCGACGCCCUUCCUUACCGCCCCUGCACCGACAUCGUCUUCCACGGCAUCCGAUGUGAAGCCGGCACCCGCGCCAUUAGGCUGGUACGAGGACACGACGAUGUAA